UAGCCGUUCAUACAGGCGCGGAAGGCGGAAGCAAACGCGCCAUUGUAGCAGAUUUGCAACGUGAGUGGAACGUUAAGGCGCUCUGAACCCAGAAAGGGUGCUGUUUUUUUUAACGCUUUCAUCUCGUUGGUGUUUUUGUUGGAGAAAUGGCGUACAGAGGACAAGGACAGAAGGUCCAGAAGGUUAUGGUGCAGCCCAUUAACCUCAUUUUCAGAUACCUGCAGAAUCGUUCCAAAAUCCAGGUGUGGCUGUAUGAGCAGGUCAACAUGCGGAUAGAGGGAUGCAUUAUUGGCUUUGAUGAGUACAUGAACCUGGUUCUGGAUGAUGCUGAGGAAAUCCACAUGAAGACCAAGAACAGAAAGCCACUGGGGAGGAUCAUGUUGAAAGGAGACAACAUUACGCUGCUGCAGAGCGUGUCCAACUAGAAGAGGAGAUGCCUACAGUUCUAGACUUUUCUAGAAUUAUGUUUUCCUUUUUUAUGGUCUCUGUGUUUUGUUUGUAUGGCAUGAAUAUUGUAAUUGUUUCUCUCAACCACAUGGUCCCAUUUUGAAAAUAAAAUUUUGUUUUUCCUAGA